GCCGAGGCGGCGCGGGCGGCGCGCAAGGGCGGCUCCCGCCGCAACGCGUGGGGCAACCAGUCGUACGCCGAGCUGAUCAGCCAGGCCAUCGACAGCGCGCCCGACAAACGCCUCACGCUGGCGCAGAUCUACGAGUGGAUGGUGCGCUCCGUGCCCUACUUCAAGGACAAGGGCGACAGCAACAGCUCGGCUGGCUGGAAGAACUCCAUCAGACACAACCUCUCCCUGCACAGCAAGUUCAUUAAAGUGCAUAAUGAAGCCACGGGGAAGAGUUCUUGGUGGAUGCUUAAUCCAGAAGGUGGCAAAAGUGGGAAGGCUCCGAGGAGGAGAGCUGCCUCCAUGGACAACAGCACCAAACUGGCCAAGGUCAGAGGCAAGAAGAAGGCCUCACUGCAAACAGCUCCAGAGACUACUGCUGACAGUCCUAGCUCCCAGUUCCCAAAGUGGCCUGGAAGCCCCGCAAGGAGUAAUGAGGACUCUGAUGUAUGGACCAGUUUCCGGCCUCGAACCAGCUCCAAUGCGAGCACCACUAGUACCAGGCGCUCUCCUAUCCUGCCCGAGCGGGACGAUCUCCCGGACGAGGAGCUUCUUCCAUCUCUAGUGUUCUCCAGUGCAUCCAGCAACGUCCCGCCCACCGUGACUGAGGAGCUCGAACUCAUCGAUGGGUUAAACUUGACGUCACCCAGUUCUUCCAUGCUGCCCACCCAGCAGUCUGUCUCAAGUGGUCCGAUCCAAAGAGAUUCCAGUUUCUCUCUACGGACUCAGAAUACAGUUGGCCCGGCCUCUACUUUUGGCAACUCUCUGUUUAACCCUGUUGAUGUAUCUCUGCAGAGUCCUGUGAGCCGCUUCUCCGGCCCUCAGACCCUGGAAGCUCUCCUGACAUCCAACUCUCCACCUCCCAGUGAUGUGAUGAUGACUCAGGUGGAUCCAAUACUCCCUCAGACCGGAAGCAGGCUGAACAACCCAACUCUCCUGCUUCUAGGUGGACAGGCCACCCAGAACAAGAUGGGCCCGGUCAACCCACGAGGAAAGCCUUCAGAGCAACAGCCAGAGUCUGGUGCUGGUGCUCUGACAUCCACACUUCCCAUGGUGGCAUGUCCUGAGACCACAGCCAACUUGGCAACUUUGAAGGCUGCUGCCCAGCUAACCCAGCUGGGCACUCCACCACUUCUCCCUUCUGGUAGCCCUGCCCCCUUGGGAGCGACCCAGGACAGGCUGCCCACCGACCUGGACCUUGACAUGUACAUGGAGAACCUUGAAUGUGACAUGGAUUACAUAAUCAACAGUGACCUCAUGGAUGGAGAGGGCUUGGACUUUAACUUUGAACCCAUUCUGUCUACUCCCAGCUACCCCAGCACCUCGCAGGCCUCCAACCAUACUUGGGUACCAAGUUAACUUCAGGAGUACAAAAAGUGUCCUUCAGGGUUUGACUGUUGGGUUCUGACUUCGCUUCCCACCCCCAGCAGAGUCUGAAAAGAAUGGAACGCAUUGGAGACGCAUUCCUGCGCACUGCCCCAGGCAGAAAGGGCUGCCUGCUGGGUGCCAGGGGCAACAGGAAGAGUUCUAGCAAAUCCUGUCAUGUGCCACUUCUCCCAAAAUCCUGCCCCUGCCCUGGACCUUCUGCAGAAGAGGAGUCCUGUGAAGAACCUUGGCUGGAGGCCUUUGUGCCAGACUGCAACGUUUCCCAUGCAGAAGGUGGGGUUCGCUGGAGGCACAUACCAGUGACUGCCUUAACUCUGCCACGGUGGCAGGUCUCCCAGCACCUGUCAGUGGGGCCUACUCUGUCCUCACCUUGCCUCUGGGGUGGAGUAACUGGACUCUUCCCUCAGCCACUGGCCCACACUUGGUACCCCAUAGACUUGCAGAGAAAUUGGAAGGUGCUGCAGGGUGGGAAAAGGGCAUGUUGGAUGUGUUGGAAAUUGCUUCGGCAUGACCCACUUCCCUCUGCACCCUGUUGUGCUUUGGAAGGGACAGGGCCCUGCAGGGAGGGGUGCUCUCCAUUGUGCACCUGUGGAGAAUUGAGGCAUGCCAGUUUAUUUUCACUGUGCCAACUGGCCCCUAUUGAAUGAGUAGCGUGGUCUAGAGAAGUUGCUCUGUCCUCAGCGCUGUGCCGGUGCAGCAGGCUGCUGCAAAGUAGACACAUGGGUGCUAAUAGUCACUGCUGGAACACCAAACAUCUUGAGUCUGUUCCUGGGCUGCCUUGUUACAGCAGCCAGAAUUUGAAGUCUGGGUGUGGCCUUAACAGAGCCCUGGUUGCUUUUCAGAAGGGCAUUUUCUAUAGAUGACAUAUUUUUUUACUAAUCUGGGGGCUUUCUAUGACAAAUUUUAGGCCAAUAUAAGUGUCUCCAUUAGGCACGUUGGCCAUCUCUCUCCCUCAUGGAAGGGGCCGACUGCAGAUUUGCCUUUCAGAGCUGUGCUGAGAACACACUUUUGACAUUUGAUCAUGUGUGUAACUGGGUGGAAAGGAACUGGCAGGCCCAUGCUGUCUGGAACCGCCUGGGGGGGUGGGGGUUGUACAUUACUUGUGAUCCAUGUGCAAAACUGCCUGCAGAUUGAUUAGAAGCUUUUCUAAACCUUUUUAAACACACACACACACAC